UGUCACCUUCGACACUGCCAAAAUAAAUAAAUUCGUUUUUUUCCGUUCUCAAAACUCCUUUUUCCAUAGAUUCAUCAUUUGUGCUUUACCUGCUAGCAAAUUCUCGAGUUAUAGUCUCGCGCUCAUCAAAAACGACACUAAUAUUUCAAUUUCUAAUCUAUUACUUUUUUGUAAUAAACAAACAAGGAAGCCAAAACUUUGCUAUCGCUAUUAAGCUAAAAUGCUGUCAUCACUGAUAAAAGAACAUCAAGCUAAACAAUCAGCUAAAAGAGUUGUACAAGAGCAAAAACGUAAAGAAUGCAUUGUUGCUGCAAAUGAUUUGACCCAAGCUCUUGUAGAUCACUUAAAUGUUGGAGUGGCCCAGGCAUAUUUGAAUCAAAAGAAAUUGGAUGCUGAAGCAAAAUUACUUCACCAGGGAGCUAUAAACUUUUCAAAACAAACACAACAAUGGCUGGCACUAGUUGAAAAUUUCAGUAGUGCGUUAAAAGAGAUAGGUGAUGUUGAGAAUUGGGCCAGAAGCAUUGAAAAUGAGAUGAAAAUUAUCACAGAUACUUUAGAAAGAGCAUAUGAAACUGCUCAAGAAAACCCUAGCAGUAGUCAAUAAAGUUUUUAUAAGUAAUAAUCUCUAAUAAUAUUAAAAUAUAAACAAUU